AUGCUUCAGAAGAAGUCCAAGACGAACACCAACAUAGGCACGGGCGAGGUCCAGCGACCGAUACCUUGCGUCGCCAACUUUUCCUAUCCUCGUACGGACUUGGUUCAUUCGUAUCGGAAAGAACAGCCAGGUGCUCGCGAUUCCCAGGAGUCCGAAUCCUCCCCGCCACCGCUGGUAGAAGACCACGGGUCCGACGUCUCUGCAACCGAGGAUGACCUUCAACAACCCCCAGCGACGGAUGUGAAAAUGUGGAAAAAGUGGCGCGCGAAGGACAGGAAGAUAGAGGAAGCGGACCGCUGGGCGCGUCCCAACCUUACCGGGUAUCAACCACUAGCAAAGCCACUAGAUGCCUCACCAACGACACACGGCCCGCCAAGUCCAAGGGGCCAGAGCGGCCAGGAGGAUAAACGCGUGGUUGGGCCGUACCCAAAACGACCUCAGGUUCCAAGGCCCCCGCCGAAAGCCUGCUAUACACUCUUUCCAUCAGCAAGCAUCUCUGUGAGACCCGUUCGCGUACCUCUAUCGGAACCACCAACAAUACCACAGCAGUCUGGACUGCUACCCUCUCCGAUUUCUCCCAACUUCCCGUUCCCAGCGCGCUCACAAGGUGGCGUCACCGACGGGAGCAACCAACCAACGACGUCCCGACCUAGCGUCUGGACGACAAAAGCAGCCGGUUCAGUGCAUGGCAGUUCCCUCACGGCAGGCUCCUCCGACUCAAUACCACUACUUCUCCGGAGUCCUGGCCCUACACCCCCGCAUUCGCCUCCCGGCGCAUCUUCGUCCUCCGAAUCUCCACGAUACCCCUUCGAGCCGGAGAAACGCCCGGCCCCAGAGGCCAGCCAACAUAACCUGUCUCUGGCUAAAAGGGGAACCCGCUCUUCGCCUUCGUUAGCGAACCUCGCCAGGGCGCAACGCCAGGAGCAGGCGCAAGAACCCCUCCCACCACCACCGCCGACCCCCGCCGACAUCUACAACCGUCCGCUCCCGCCGUUGCCCGCCAUCCGGUUCCCGUCCCCUCCAAAUGUGUCCGUCUUUGAGGACGACACGGACGAUGAGGACGAGUCGGGAAAGUCCCGGCCGUCUAGUAGCGAAGCGAGGAACUUUGCGCGCCGGCUCAUGCAUGGGCUGGUCCAUCACAGCAACCCUCCUUCCCCACAAGAUAGGCGAGACAAGGGGAAGGGUCUGCUGGUAGACCACAAGCGCAGCGUGAGCGACGAGGGGCCGUCUACGGCCGCGGUAUCUCCUUCGGCGGGUGCGGUGCAGGGCCCGGCGAAGGCUCGGGGUAGCGGCGGGGGCGGCAGGAGUGGCAUCUCGCGCACGCUGAACGCUGCCGCGAGGUAUAGAUGGGGAGGGUCCGCCGCUGCGACCGAGGCAGCGCCGGUGCCGGCGCGAGGGGCCGUGAGCAUGGAUCUGCCGCGGGAGAAAUUGAGAGUGGAGGGAAGCCGCGGCCAGUCUCAGCAGGGCGCUGAGGAAGGGGAGAAAGGAGGUCGGUUCUUUGGGCGCCUCCUGCGGCGGAAGGCGUAA